AUGCAGACACCGCAGCCCCCACCCUUCCCGCCGGAUGCGGCGUACGCAGACUUGCCGCUGCUGUUCCCUCCCCUUGAGCUGCACCCUGGCUUUGCUGCAGCAGCUGGGGAGCCUCUCCUGCGGUCAACAAGACAAGCUGCUGCUGCUGCUGCUGCUGCUGCUGCUGCUGGUGGUGGUGCUGCUGCUGUCCCUACUGGCCCUGAGGCGGCUGCUGCUGCUGCCGCUUCGGGACUCAGGCAGCAGCUGCUGCAGCGCAUGCAGCAGCUGUCGGCUCUCCAGCAACUCAUGGCUGUAGAGCAGCAGCUCACUCUCUACCAGCGGCCGGGGGAGCAGCCUGUUGGUUCUUCUCUCUCUAGGGGUCAGCAGAACGCUGCAGCAGCAGCAGCAGCAGCUGCUGCUGCUGCUGCUGCUGGCGCUGCAGCUACUGCAGCACCAGCACCAGCAGCAACUGGACCGCCGGCGCCAGCUGCUGAUGCAGCAGCAGCAACUGCAACACCAGCAUCGGCAGCAACUGCAGCAGCAGCUGCUGCUGAUGCUGCGAACACUGCACGCUCAACAGCUGCAGCAGCGCCCAGGGCAGCUCCAGCUGCUGCUACGGAGCCAACUGAAGCUGCAGCAGCAGGAAGAGAAGCAUCCGAACCAGCAGCAGCAACAGAAACACCAGCAGCAGCAGCAACACCAGCAGCAGCAGCAGCAGCAGCAGUUGAGCCAACUGCUGACUCUAGUUCUUCCUUGUCUGGCUACCCUCACAUGCUAAAGGGGCCCCCUCCAGGUCAGGGGCCCCCAGCCACACAACGCUCCGAAGGAGCCCCUCGAGGGGCCCCCCAGGGGGCCCCCCAGGGGGGCCCCCAAGGCGCCUUGCAGGGGGCCCCUCGGGGGGCCCUAGAAGCGUCUAUGUGGCUGCAGCGGCACACGUAUGCGUUGAGGAUGGCGGAGAUGUAUGAGGGGCAGCUGCGGCUGUGGCAUUCGUUUGUGUGGCUGCUGCAGCUGCAGCUGCUGCAGAGUAUACACGAGGAAACAGCAGCUAAAAGCAGCAGCAGAAACACAAACAGCAGCAGCAGCAGCAGCAGCAGCAGCAGCAGCAGCAGCAGUGGGGAUGGCUUGUUGUCGCCGCUGCGUGGAGCAGCAGCUCCGAAUGAGGCGUCAAUAGCGGCAAUGAGGCAGGCAGCAACGCAUGCAGCAGCAGCAAGCAGCAGCAGCGGCGGGCGCGAUCUCGUCGCAGUAGGACGCCUGGCUGCGCUGCAGACGCAACUGCAGCAGCUGCAGCCGCAGCAGCAGCAGCAGCAGCAGGACCCUGCUGCUAGUGCAGGGGAACCAAGGACUGCUGCAGCUGCGGAUGGUGCUGCUGCUGCUGCUCCUGCAGCAUCCGCUGGAGCGGCGUCAGCCCCAGGAUCCCGCCCAGGAACAGCAGCAGCAGCAGCAGCAACAGGAGCAGCAGCAGGUGUUCGUGCGCAGCAGCAGCAGGACCCUCAGAACCAGCCGAACCAGCAGCAGCAGCAACAGCAGCAGCAGCAGCAGCAGGCUGCACCUUGGCGUCUGCGUUUCAUGGUGAUGUAUCUGAAGCUGCUGGUGCUGCUGUUUCUGUUUGACGCCAGCAAAUGGGUUUAUUUCUCCUGUCUCCUCGUCGCCCUGCUGCAUGCAAACGGGGCCUUCAACCCCCUCAUGGAGCUCAUCAGCAGCACCAGCCACAGACAGCCAUUCGAAGCCACUCUUGCUCAACUGAGAAGACGAAGGGAGCGGCGGCCUCUGCAGCGGCUGCGGCUGCAGCAGCAGCGGCUGCAUGCGUCUGUGGGGCGUGCAUUCGAAGGAGGAAUGUACACCACAGCGGAAGACACUGCAACCCAACGCACAGGGGAGACAAUGGCCAGCAGCAGCAACGGAGACAGCAGCAACUCCAGCAGCAACACCAGCAGCAGCAGCAGCAGCAGCAGCAGCAGCAGCAGCAGCGGGGCGUGGGUGAGCGGCACAGACAGGGGUUCUGAGAGUUUGCAGGGCGUUCGCAUGCGUAGCCGCAUGGAGGGGGCGUCCUCUGGCGGCUCUUCGUCUACAGGGGCCCCCGAGGGGCCCCAGGGGGGCCCCCAGGGGGGCCCCCAUGGGGGCCCCCGUGGGGGCCCCCAUCCCCCAGCGGGUUUGUCUGGAGAGGGAGGGCGGAGGGGGGGAGAGGGGGGCCCCCGUGCUGUACCCCCCUACUGGCAGCGCGUGCUGUAUCAGGGGUUUGCUAUGUUCUUCCUUACAGCUAUUCCCUCGUGGAACCCAAACCCAGAAAUGUUGAUUGAUUAUGAAGAGCUAGAAGCAGAGGAACAGAGUCGGGCGGAGGAGGCAGAGCAGCUGCAGCAGCAGCAGCAGCAGCAGCAGCAGCAGCAACAGCAGCAGCAGCAACAGCAACAGGAACAGCAGCAACAGUAA